AUGAACGGCGCAGAGGAGCUACACCGCUCUCCCGCGAUAUGGGAGCUUUCGAAAGAAAAUAUUCAACCGCUAAAGUGCGGUCGAAGCCUCAAAGCGGUGCCUUUCGAACUGUUGAUCGACGACCAUCGCAGUGUUGCUUUACAACAAGAAAAGCUGUCGCAGAGCGAGUGCACACCUCUGUCGCCCAUCGACCCCUUGGAAAGCUGGUACCAGCGAAUACGCAUGGCUGAACAGCUCAUUCUCACUGGCAAAACUAGUUCUUUGAGGUCGCUUGUCGAAGAAUGCAUCGAAUCUCUGCAAGACCGCAGCGAAUACUGGAAUGACAGGCGAAUGCUUUACAUCUGGCAGAAGCUGUCACACGGAAUCUGCACUCAAUUAGCCGAUUUCUACAUCGAAUGGGCGUCGGAGCUGGAAAGCACUGAUGAUUUUAGACAGGCGAACGAGGUUCUUCUCCGCGGCAUAGAAGAAAACGCACAGCCAAUAGAAAAGCUAAAAAGUGCCCACAUCGAGUUCCUUACUCGUGCCGGAGUGCCCUCUCACCAAUGUGACGGCGACACAGAGAUUCAGCGAAAGUUUUCGACCGAACUGACGGGCUACGGACUACAUAAGACCGUACCAUAUUUGCGGCCGGCUGACGGAUCUGUCUACAAGAAAUUGUGUUUUGCCAAUAAGAAACCGACCUCCUUUUGCGUGUUCAGUGCUGACUCACCGCGUGGCAAUUCUUUUCCUUCUAAUCAGCGAGCCCUCAGUGAAUCAGCUGUCUUAAAUGAAAUAAAUGUAAAAGAAAACGUGCGGACACCCUUGGGUGGUAGCAGUUUCAACAGAAAAUAUUUUCCAGUCGCCUCGAUCAUUCACAGUCGUGCAGUCAUCAUCAUCAUCUUCCAUGACCGCUUCUCCUUUCAGGUCGCGGAGGUAGACGCGUCAGUGCUUCCAAUUUUUCCGAUCCACUGCCAGAGUCUGACCUUGGGCAGAAGACAACUGGUGUAG